AUGAGUCUUAUUUCGCACGGAGCAUUCAAAAAGCAUUCCAGUGUUGAUGGGCGUGACUGGAAACGAUUCGAUGUCAUCCGAUUCGCCCAAGAUGGCGUCAGUUUUCGCGGCAAGCUCAUCGGGGUUCUGGAAGUUGCCGAAGCUCGUGGGGAGAAAAUGUGCCAAGAAGCAAUGGCCGAUCUCAAAAUGGCUAUAAAAGCUGCCGGGGAACAUAAACGCAAAAUAAUUAUUGGAAUUGCUCUCGAUGGCUUGAGACUGCGGGAUGAAAGUUCGAGAGACUGUUUAUAUCACCAUCCCGUGCAUAAGAUAAGUUUCAUUGCACAAGAUGCGAACGAUAGCAGAGCGUUUGGUUAUGUGUUCGGUUCACCAAACUUGGGGCACCGGUUUUUUGGCAUUAAAACUGAGAAGAACGCGCAGCAAGAUUCUGGGAAGCUUGAAAGGAAAGAUUCCUCUCACCAAGAACCUUCGGUAGUAGAGUCGAAAAAUGUGUCUGACGAUCUUUUGAGCAUCAACUUGGGUUCCACACUUCCUGCGCGUAUUGAUCGACGAGAACCAAGUCGUCCGGUGAUUCGUACCAUGAAUUCUGAUCCGUUUGGCGAUUCAUUCAACUUCGGAUCUCUUUCUCGCACGGACGUUUCAUCUACCUUGGGUGGAAGUACGAGGAGAAGACAAACUCAAAAUGGAGCCUCAACCGAACUCAUGUUGACCACUUUGCCCCCACCACCACGGAAAUCCAGUGCGAAAUCCACUUCCAUCAAAACUGCGCCGUCUCGAGAAAACACGGGGAACCCUGUUCCGUCUAAAACUGUUCAAAACAAUCCUGGUGUUCCGCAUGCUACGUCGUUCGGCGUAAACCGGACCAACGAUGUGUUGUCAAAAGUGAGGUUUGAUGAUGAACCACGAACACCUCCUUCACUGGGGCGACCGACAAAGUCUCAUGAUAAAUACGCCGCAUUUUUAGAACUGGCACGAGCAGAACAAAGUCCUCCCAUUCCUUGUACUUUUAGCAAGGCGACGCUGGCUGAUUUCGGAUGGUCCUUUCAUGAUACUCAAAGACCACAGGAUUUCGCUGAUGGAAGCGAAAGAGUUGCAGAACAAAAACAGAAUUCCGGUCGUGUGUUCGCGAAUUUUGCAUGUGCCAAACCCAUUCCGGAACCAGAGCAGCGAUGUCCAAGCCCCGCGGGCAGAAAUGCUUUCGCGGACGAUUUUGGCCCUUCGGAAUUCUCGUCGCGUGGAAGUCUCCUGGGAACUUUUCCGGAAAAGUUGGUUUCUUCUGGGCUAUCGAAGGCUGAAGAUUCGUUUCUAGCCAGGUGGGAGAAUCUAUCUUUAUCCAAUGCCGAAUCAAAGCCAGACGAGGAAUCCGUUGUUUCUGUUCCUGAAUCUCCGCGAGUGUUGCAGAACAUUAGUUUCGAACAGCGCGAAGAAAGUGAGCGGCCAGUGGAAAGUCUAGCGAGCAGUAUGGGUGGACGAAUGUUUCAAAGAUCGUAUACGAUCGGUGGUGUAGAAAAACUGCCGCCUCCGAUUGUACAUUGCCUAAAAAGUAUGGGGAAAUCCGAAGAAAUCGGUUCGAUGAUCUGUGAAUCGCGAACUGUGGAUGAACCCGCAUCUACCGAAGAACCCUUCUCGAAAGAUUUCAUGACCAUGGAGGGCAAUGAGAAGUUGUCAUCGUCGUGGUCUCUUCAAGGCGAAGGAACAUCGAUCUGUCCCCAGAAUGAUGACGUUUCCGAAGACGAUGUCGGGAAAUCCCUUCCGGCAAGUGAAUUGACCGAAGGAAAUGACGUCACAGCCAAUGAUUCUACUCUGAACGAAGAUUUUAACGGCUUGGAAUCAUGGACUGAUAUGGACAAGUUUUCCACGGCGCAGGAUAUUUCUGACGUUGACGAAGACGACACGUUGCGCGACGGUGUCAGUCACCUUGAUCACCUCGAUUCCAUGCAUACUGCUGCCCCAUCGUUUGUGUAUGAAGGAGAUUUUUUGAGUGCGAAUGAAGCCCUAAGUCCUGAACCGGAUAUUACGUUCCCGAGUGUUACGUCGGGUGCAUCAUUGCAGGACGUUUCGCAAAUCGCGAGUGAUUACGCUGAUAAGCCCAAGGAAGCUGAAGAUUCCAGCGAAGCAUCCGAUUCGGAAACGUUUCAAGUUGAUAAUCCGUCUAAAAUUGUGUCUAAUGAUGAAUCUUCCACUUAUGCUACGUGUCGUGAAUCAGAUUCGAACCCCACUGUUGCCGAGGAUGCCGACGCCGUAACCGUCAAAGAUGAACCUGAAGUACAUCCAAUAAGCGUGAAAACAGAAGAAAAAGUUCCUGAAGUACCUGAUAAAACUGCGGAAGAUCAGUUGCCCAAACCCGCGGAAGUGCCGCCAUGGAUGCCCGAUAACCCGUAUCUUACGUCAAUGAUGCCCCCGAUGUUUCCGCCGUUUAUGCCGCCAUUCGCGAUGCCGCCAUGCAACAUGCCCCCGGGCUCUGUAGAUACGGAAGGGCAACAGAAACAAGCCCAAGAAGCAUUUUGGAGGAAUUAUCAGCAAUGGCUUUCUGCUGGCGCUUAUUUUCAGCAGUGGGGAUGGAUGAUGGAACGUGGAAUGGGGGGCAAUGCUCCCGGAAUGCCGCCGUUUUGCCCACCUCCCAUGUUUGGGCCUCCACCGCCGCCUCCGUCGACGGCCAUGUAUUGUCCUCCCAUGGGAUCCAUACCAGCACCACCACCACCGCCACCGAGAACUGCGGAUUGGUAUCAGAGAGUCUGGAACCGAGAACAAGAUCAACGUCCAAAUUCCGCGUUAGAAUUCUGCGGAUUCCAGCCCCGGGGCAUGGAGCGAAUGGAACGCGGGUACCUAUCACCUUCGAAGCGAUCGCACAUGAGUGAUGACAGGCUUUACGAAUCCGCUUUGAAUUGGCCGUGGCAACAGCAUCAGCAGCACGAACCAGGUUCUCGCAUGGUUUCUGGACAAAAGCACUAUCAGACUUACAACCCGCGCAUCUCUGGGAAGAGAGAGUUCACCAGCUUGCCCGACACGGGACAUGAAGUGAAUUCGCCGCCACCCGCGUUGCCACCUCGUUCUGGUCGACAGAUGCCUCGAUCCGCUCCAAAAGCAGAAUUACCGAAAUCUUUGCUCGCGAAUCGCGAAGUUACUUUGCCUGAUGUGGACGAUGCCUGGCGAACUUUCCCCAGCACGUCACCUCUGGGAUUUGAGGCGAAGAAAGAGGCCCCAGAAGGCUUCGAAACGAGUUUCGAUUCAAAUUUCUGUGCAGCAAAUCAAAAAGGAGGCGAAGAAUCUGAUCCGUGGAACGCAAAAGCUGUGGCUGGCCAGUCGCCAUUGAAGCAUUCAACUUCAGUGAGCAUUUUCCGCCAUGAGGAGGAUCCAUUUCGUGAUGAAUUUUUCGAAUCUGAAGCCUGUUCUUCUGCCACCGUCGCUGAAAGACCAGAAGAGAAUAGCGACGAUGAGGAUAAUUGGAAAGCGUCAUUUCAGCCGUUUGACUUUUCAAAAUUUUCUUAA